AUGGAUGACUACCUCUCUUCCUCCCAAGCCUCCGACCAGAAGUUCAGGAGCAAACAGAGAGAAAAGAACAAGAAGAAGGCAGCAACCAAGACCAACAAGAAGACACCCAACAGUGCAAAGGACAACAAACCACCCAAAAUCCCCAAUCAGGACAUCAACUCCAAGCCCCCAGAAGAUAUCCCCAUUGAAGAACAGAGUGUUGCAUCCAGCCUCUCCCACAACCACUCCUACAGCUCCCACAACAGCAAAAAGAGUACCCAGAGCAACCCUAGAAACAACAGGCGCAACAAAGGCAAGAACAGCCCCAAGCGCACCACCAAGGCAACCAAGAAACCCAAGACAACCAAACAGGACAACCCCCUUCCCCCCAAGAACCACAAGCCAUCCAGCCUCAAGGCGGCUCUCCCCAAACCAACACCUGGAACAACUCCACCAACUGGAACCACACCAACAUCUGGAACCACACCAACACCCACACCACCAGGAGCCACCCAACAACCUCCAACCCCAAGCCCCCCCAACCACCCAACACCCACCCCAGACCCAACAGCACCAGCAAAAGCCCCCAACACCACAACACCAUCAGCCACAGCAUCAACCACACCAUCAGCCACAGCAACAACCACACCAACAACCACGACGACAGAAGCAGUAACAGCCACAACAACACCAACACCAACACCAACACCAACUACCAACCUAAAACCACCCCCAACUGGAACCCCUAGAGCAACUUUCUCCCCACCACCCACCUCCACAGGACACAUCCCUUCCAGGACUCCUGCAACUACACCAUCACCAUCCACCAUUGCACACCCACCUACCUCCACCCCUACUCCCACCACCAUCCCAUCAACCACUACCCUACCUUCCCCCCCUAGACAAGCUGGAAGAAAAAGAGAUAACCCUCUAACCCCAGAAGGACCCAGAUCUUCAGCCUACAAGUCCUGGUCUGAUAUGAUAGGAAGCAGUACCAAACUUGGCAACAAGAUUGUUAAAGGACUCAUCAAAGAGUUUGCCCCAACCCAAAACCCACUUCAAGACCCUGUUCCAGAAGACAAUGACCUCCUACAACAGAUGACCAACAAAGUUACUCCACAGAACAAACCAACCUUGGACAAUGAGGAACCUGAUGAACAGCCUCAAGAUGAAGGAGGUGCAACCUUUGAUGUCUCAGUAAAUGGAAUGGACCCAGAAGAACAGUUGGAGGAACCAGGGACCACAACAGAAGACCACCCCAAUGAACUCACUGAAGAAGAGGAAGCAGCUGCCACAUCUGCACUCCUGAACAAUGGCACAAAUGGCAAAGAAGCAGACCCCCAGGACAACCCUGAACAGUCCAACAAACCAGGAAACCCAGGAUCCACCCCCUCACCAGCUCCUGAAUCCUUCAAAGACCAAGACAUACAGAAAAUGUCCACCCUGUGCCUUGACCCCAAGACUGAAAUCACUAGACUCUGGCACAGUCUCACUCGCGAGAUCACCCUGAAGAAGAUCCUACCUUUCAACACUCUGGAUAUCUCACAAGGAGCCAACCACCCCCAAGUGGCGGCGGUGUUUAGAAUCUGGGCCAACUCACCCAUUGUCCAGCAGAACCUGCACAAACCCUUAUGGAAAACACAGAAGAAUGGGGAUACUUCAUCCUAA